AUGGGCUGCUCUUCGAGUGUGAGCGUGAUGCACGAUGUGGAAGAUACCGGUGUUACUCGCGUCAUGUACACGGAUUCUGCCGGACAAGAGUUCGUCCAGCAGUCUGUUCCAUUCAAGGAGGGCAUUCGGCGCUUCAAUUCCAUGAGCAUCAGCGACAAGGAUGCAUCUGGAACAAUCGUUCCGCUUGCAAGUACCCACAACCAGCACGUGAAGAAGCUCAACAAGUUCUUGGCGGCCAUAGAACAGAACCCAAGAUUGCUGGAGAAGAGGGUGCUGCCCAGCCAACUUCCGAAGCACUGCAGACAAGCGGCGCUCCUGAAAGUUGACCUUGACCAGGACGUUUCUGAGCAAAGCGUGGCUGACGUCAGCACAGACGUGUCCAACUUUGCAUCGAGCCCGGGCAGCUUUGCAUAG